AAAACAAAUAGCGAAGCUGAUUUAAUAGUAUAAAUUGUGCUACCAUGUUAGGGAUACGUUCUUUUCUAAACAACAUAGUUAAUGCACAGACUGUGCUGACGCAGCAAACAAGAACAACAUUUGUAUUGAAGAGGAGAUGGCCACCACCAUUGUACAAGAAAAAUGGCAAACCGACAAAGCUGAGGGGCCGUCACUUCGUGUACGAUUUGGUUGAAGACAAAAAUGUCGUCAAACAGCAUGAUAUGAAAGUUAUUUUGAAUCAGUACGUCGAAGGUAUUGGUAACGCUGGUGAUGUCCUCACCUUAAGACCCAAUGAGGCCUACAGAGAUUAUUUGAUGCCAGGCCUAGCGGUGUAUUUUAAUCCCAAGAACAUGGAGCAAUACAAAGUUGAUGAAAACAAACCUAAAACUGAAGAGACCUUCAGUUCUCCUUAUGUGCAAAGGACUAUUAGCUGUCUUUCCCGGCUGGUUCUACAAAUCACAAUGAACAAACGAGAACCCUGGACUCUAGAGCCAUGGCAUGUAAAGGCAUCAUUUAGAAAGGCAGGCUUCGUGGUCCCUGAACACGCCAUCACAAUGCCUCCAGGCAAAAUUAGUGGGCCUGACAUGUCACUACAAGAAAAGGAAUUUUAUGUGACUAUUACAAUUAAUAAAAAAGAGACAGUCAAUGUGCGGUGCAGAAUUCACCACUGGGCUACAGGGCUAGACAGACUUCCUUGGGUAGAAAACCAUUGGAAGAAACCUGUAGAACCACUCUUUCCUGCGCAAGCUGAAGUGCUGCAAAGCAUGCCUCUUCCAGAAUAAAUCAAGUUCAUGACUUCAUGAGCUACUGUAGUCAUAAUGCAAUACAAAACUAGAACAGUAA